UCCGGUGUAUCCAAUAUAAACAAUUGUAUUCUGCUGAACAGUAGUAACAUCUAGGGACAUGUUUGGAAUAUUGGAAAAUAUCUCGGUGUCUGUUUACAAUCAAUGCUGUAUUUCGUGUUUCAGUAAAUUCACAGAUAAGGACAUACUUUUAAAAAAUGGAAAUGUGAAUAAAAAUUAAAAUUAAUGGCAAAAUUCCUUGGUUUUGGUGAGUGAUAUUUGAGGAUGGGCGGAGUCUGCAGUGCCCGAAGGAUUCCUAGAAAAGUUCUUUUAACUGGACCAAGGGGAUCAGGGAAGACAACUCUAUUAUAUUUUUGGUGUCGGAAUAUGAUUACAGACACGUUACCUACAGAAAGUUUUAAUGUAGAAACAGUAACACGACCUAGGAUAGGUCCUCUACUCAUCUGGGACGUCACAGAUACAUCACGCAGACGACAAUUCUUCCACGGAACAGAAGCAAUUGUGUAUGUAUUUGAAGGAGGUAAUGAAGCAGAGAUGAACACGGUCAAGAGUGAUCUGACCAAACUUCUCAGUGACAGAGAUUUACACAAUUUACCUCUUCUUCUUGUAGUCAGCAAGCAGGAUCUCAAUGACAUGUCACCGAAGAAAGCAGAAACUAUUCUGAGCAUAUUAAAUCUAACCGACCACAGGCAUUAUGCGUGCGUACGAACAAGGAAAGAUGAUCCUGAGACUUACAAGCAAGCGUUCAGACAUCUUGGUGAAAUAAUACACCUUGAUUCAGCUCUCUGAAAGUGAAAGCCUUUUAUAGUAUACAAUAUCGGUCAGUCACGCGUUCGGUAUUUUGAUCCACAAAAACGUGGUUAGUUAUUAUCAACAACACAGAGAAAAACGUUAUAAAGAGCGAAAUAUGGGAAUAACAUUCCAUCACUAAGGGCAGAAUGUAUAUUUUUCGAAUGACUUAAGUUAUACAAGUAUUGAAAGACAAUAUCAAGGAGAGUGUUUAUAUGGGAUAAUCUUUACACUUUAUAAAAAAGUAUGUGUGUAGGUAAAAUGCCAUAUUAACGGUAGAGGAAGUGCUCUGUCAUUUUUCACGCAAUCAAUCACUACAUAUGUCUUUGGAAAAAAUAAGUUAUUUAUUUUAAAGUAUGGGAUUAGCAUGACUUCUGUAUCUGUCGCUCAAACUGUGUUUUACUGUUACAUGUUCAGGAAAAUAUAUAUUUUGUAACUUCGUAAGUUAGAGUUUUUACUGCUCGGUGUAAAAAUCACUUUUACAUGACGAGUAAGUCUGAAUUCAGCUGUUAGUUAAGUCACGGAUUUACAUUACAAUGUGAUGUAAAUCCGUGGUUAAGUCAUUUUCUGUAUGCCCUUUUGGCAUUAUCUUUUUGAUUUUAUGUAACUUUGCUUUGACUGUAAAAAACAAACGUAUGUGCUUUUAAUGGUGCUAUUUUAUUACCCCUCUAAUGGUGUAGCUUAUAAAAUUCAAAUAUGUCAUGUAUUUAAUUUGUUCAGACAGCAUAAUUCAUCUUAACAUGCGAUUAAUUCACUUUUAAGGUUUUUUUUGUAAACAGUUAUUGUACGGAGGUAGAUAUUGAUAUAAUGUGUUUGGAAUAAGCAGUCAUCGUAGAAGAUUAGUUUACUUAUUGUAUUUGUUUUAUAAUAAAUUCAUGUAUAUGAUACUGUUUACAAUAAUAUUAUAAGUAUCGGACAAGCAGCAUUAUACAUGUAUUUAUAAUGUUUUGUUAUUAUAUGUUGAAAUUUAUUUAUUGAUAUACCACCAUACAUGAAGUGUAAAUAUCUACCGAUCUUUCAAAUGCUUUUUAGUACGUACUUUUUGGUUUGCCAUAAUAUAUGUACAUGUACUUUGUUAAAUUUCUUAAAUAAAAUGUGAAAACAUGA